AUGGUCAAGGGUCUUGCGCUGAAAAUGGCGCUCUCGUCUGCGGGAGAUGCUAGUAUAUUCACAUGGGCGACCCAUCUCGGUGCCUAUUCUGCAUACCUCGGUGUCGAUCUAUCCCCCGAGUUUCUGGGAAAGCCGACACGCGAAGGGUUUGCGAAAAGAAAGAAGAAGAAGAAGAAGGAAGAAAGGUCCCAGACAGGGGAGAAAGAGUGA